AUGCCUUCAACAAGCACACGCAGCAGCAACCUGCCCCCGGCCGAGACGCGCCAGCGCCUCGAGGAGCGCCUGACGGACCUGAUCGACGCGCUGGCGGCCGACGCGCGCAUGCAGGCGUCGCCGCGCCACCCGACGCUGCACCACGUCUGGGACUUUGCGCAGCGCACGCGCUACAUGCUCUCCGAGGUGGACAACGUGGCGGCCGGGCGGGCGCUGCGGUUCCCCGAGCAGAUGGUGGCUGUGCAGGGGAUUCGGGAGGGCACGCCGAACCCGGCCAAGGCCAAGGAGGUCAUGACGGACGUUGCGCAGCGCUCGGUGAUGCUGGACCUGCUGGUGAGCAGUCCCAACCCCAUGAUGAUGAUGAUCAUGGGGCUGGAGGAUGUGGACUUUGGCGAUGAGAUCAAGCGCAAGGCGGCCGCGGUGGCUGAGGCUGCGGCUGGGUUGCAGUAA